UUCUGCUGAGGUGUUUUGGCAACCACUCAGAAUCGUCUUGAGGAUAAAUAAAUUAUUUCUGGUAUUUUUUGCAUGGUGUGUGUCUAUAAAAACACUAUGCUGUUAGAAUUUGAUCAUAACCGAUGUCAAGCUCAUAUACAAGGAAAAUUAUGCAAGUCAUAAACGCGCUUGCUAUAGAUUUAAGGAGAUGGAUCUACAAAUGAAUAAACAAUAAUAGAGCAAUGGCAAAUUAUGAGAGUGUCGCUAUAGUAGGAGUCGGCUGUAGAUUUCCUGGGCAAACAAUAUCCAGGAGUAUUGGCGGGUUUUAAAAAACGGAGAAAAUCAUGUGAAGGAAGUCCCUAGAGACAGAUGGAAUGUUGAUGCUUUCUACGACCCUGAUCGUAACAAAACUGGAAAAACGUAUGUCCGCACUGCAGGAUUCGUUAACAAUUUUGACGAAUGGGACCAUCGUUUUUAUGGUAUCAAUGAUAUGGAGGCAGAACUUGUGGAUCCUCAGCAGAGAAUUGUUUUAGAUUGUGUACACAUGGCAUUAGAAGAUGGUGGGAUAACUAGACAGGAUAUUGAUGGAACACAAACGGGUGUUUAUAUAGGGUCAAUGACGGAUGACUACAAAAGUUUCGUGAUGGAUGACAGCUCUGCUAGCAGUACAUACUCUGUGACAGGUACACAAAACAGCGUCAUUAGUGCCAGAGUGUCUUACACGUAUAAUUUAUUAGGCCCUUCAAUGACUUUAGACACUGCUUGUUCUUCGUCAUUGGUUGCAAUCGACAUAGCUUCACAGGCUUUAGUUACUGGAAAAUGCAAUUUGUGUAUUUGCGGUGGAGUUAACAUACUCAUGGACCCACAGUUGUUCGUUGCUCUAUCUAAGGCUGGAAUGCUUUCACCGACUGGCCAGUGCAAAACAUUUACAAAGGAUGCUGAUGGAUAUGCUCGAGGAGAAGGUUGUGGGAUAGUGAUUCUGAAAGCAUUAAAAGAUGAAAUGGUGAGGGAAUGUGACUCAGAGAUAAUUCGACCCCUUUUUGAACAAACUGUUUUCUUGAGACAUUUGGAUCUAUCCCGUAAUGAAUUACGUUUUGCUGGUGGAGCGGUCAUCGGGGAAGCUCUGCUUGCAAAUGAAACAAUCUUGUCUCUUGACCUAAGCUGGAAUCAUCUACGCAGAGACGGUGCUUGCUUCAUUGCCGAUGGUCUUGCGGGAAAUACGUGUCUCAGACAAAUAAAUUUGGCAUGGAAUGGAUUUUUCAUCGACGGAUGUCAAGCAUUAGCACGUGCGCUAGAAAGGAACAGCAUUUUACUUGAGCUGGAUGUCACGUGUAAUAGAAUCAGUAAAGAAUGCUUAGAGAAACUCUUGGUUGGAUUGAAGAAAAAUUCCAAUCUUGAAAUAUUAAUAGGAAAAAAUCCUAUAACUCCUGAAGUUGUUGCUCAUACAGUUCUUAAAAGACAACAAAACAACCGGAAUCGGAGAGAUACAUUAGUGAAACCGUCAUUUAUUGAUGUCCUUUCCCAGGUUAAAGCCAUUAAAGACGUUAGAGUCAUUCAUGGACAGUUGAUGGACGAAAAUCCUACCAUAGUUAUCAUGGAGUUCGGUAAACUGAUGGGAUUUCGUCUGCUCGACCUCUUUGCCGCGUUUGAUAAGGAUGGCAGUAAAACACUUGAUCACGACGAAAUAAAGACGGGACUUAGGAUGGUGAAUAUUCCACUGAGUGACGAGUGUAUAGACAUCCUUAUACAAAAGCUUGAUGUGGACGGUGAUGGUGAGAUAGACUUCGGAGAAUUAAUGGCAGCACAAGCAGAACACAGGCGAAAAAUGAGCAAAUUUCUCAUGACCCAGGAAAGCGACAUGGAUGUUGAAGACACGGACAUAGGUCGCAUAAGAAUAAAACUUUCUCGACUUAUGGCAAAGAAAAUGUCGGGAAAUCCUGCAUUCCGACGUGAAGUCGAAAAGAUGACAAAAGUAAUAAGCCAACAAGGUGAUGCAAAAUUUACUGAAAAAUUGAGCCAAAGUCUGGUGCAGAGAAUGAGGGAAUCCUUGUCACAUUUUAUUGAUAAAGACAAUCUAACACGAUCUGCGUCAAUCACGGGAGCGCAACUUACGUUAUCCGAUAAAAUAAAACAGUGGAAACAUAUGAACUGAUAAUGUUUUCUUGAAAGAAAAUCAGUCAAAGAUGACCAACAAAAGAUGGUUUAAACAUACAUGUUUAUACAUCAAGUCUGAACAGGUGCAUGUUUUAUUCACAGCAAUCAAAUUUACCCACCUCGCUCACUAUUUACAAUUCUAACACGACUGCUACUUUCCCUUUUGAACACUAUAGGACCGAUACUGUUUGUAGGGAGCGUUGAAGAUGUUGCACUUUUU